AGUCAACCUCAUUUGUCAUAACCUCACUCUCAUUCUCUCUCUCUCUCUCUCUCAUGGAAGAAACCAUUGAAAUUCGAGAAACUCACGACUUCAUGAACGUCAAUGUUGAAUCCUUUUCUCAGCUACCAUUCAUCCGCCCUACUCCUCCCAAAGAUAAAGUUUCCAUGAUUCGUCUCUUCGGCCAAGAGCUCGCGUGUGAAACUACAACAACCAAGAUCAACCACGAGAGCUCUAAGAAUGUCAAGGAAGACAAGGAAAAAGACAACAUCAACAACAGGAGAUUCGAGUGUCACUACUGUUUCAGAAACUUCCCCACUUCUCAAGCCCUAGGUGGACACCAAAACGCUCACAAACGCGAACGCCAACACGCCAAACGCAGUUCCAUGAGCCCAUACCUCCAUCACCAUCAUCAUUAUCAUCAGCCUGAGCCUCACCACGUCUACGGCUUCCUCAACAACCCUCAGCACCGUCACUAUCCCUCGUGGACGACGGAAGCUAGAUUCUACGGUGGUGGAGAAGUACAAGAAACGCCGUCGUAUUACUCACGCACUCUUCCUCUUCCUCUUCCUCCUCCUCCUCCUUCUUAUAACCCACCGACAAUCAACGGAAGUCCUUUAGGUUUCUGGCGUGUACAGCCUUCCACGUCAACAAACGCUAUUCAUGGAGUUUACUCAGCUUCACCAGCUUUAGCGUUUAGGACCCAUGACCAGGAGAGUAGGGAGCCGAGUUGGCCCUACGGAUUGAUGAAACCCAAUGUGAAAGAUCAUGUGAGUCUCGAUCUUCAUCUUUGACACUUCUUCUUUUGUGUUGGUAUAUCAUUUAAACCUAGCCGUGAUGAAACAACCAGUUCUUGAACCUUUGAGUUUUUUCUUCAAAAAAAAAUUCAGAGUUUAUAUAUUAAUAAGGGAAUAAUAUAUGAUUAAAUUAGUAAAAUAUGUUUAUCCAUUUUCUUAUCUCAUGUGUGAAUGAUACUAUGUUAAACUAUGUGUUCAUUUAUGAGUUCUA